GCACAACAAUUUACAAAGAUGAAAUUAAACUUUUACAUGAAUUUAAACAGUAUAUAUUUCGUAAAGAUAAAAAGAAAAAACAAGUACCUAUUGCCAAAGAAAUUGAAACAGAUGUAAAUGCUUGUUUAGAAAAAAUCAAAAAAUAUCAGCCUGUUUCACCAGAAUAUCAACCUCAAUCACCAUCUGCUCAGUUUAAAACCAA